CUUGACCCCGACACUGACCUAUUAUUCCCUAUCCUCAUCGUCUCAGAAACAGCACGAAGAGCGGUCGAAUCUUUGCCAUCAGCAGUACCUCGGAGGGAGGUGGUCGAAAAGACCAGGAUAAAAGGAGGUAGACCUACCACCCGGGCCCCCAGCACCUAUCAAUUCCUGAGAAUGUGCUGCCUACCACCAUUGCACAUAACGCCAGCCGCUAUGAUCACUUGCCUCACCCUCCUUCCAGCAUCCCCCAGAACAUCGCGCCGCACUGAAGUAGGCCAAUAAUGGGAGAAACUCCCCUUCUAUCGUCAUGACCAUCGUUUUCUUUUUGCAAUCGUCUAUCUAUCCUGCUCUUGUCGUGAUACCCUUGUCGUCAUUGUCGUUGCCUUUCUUGGCUUGCUAUCAUGCUAGGCGUAUGCACAUAUGAAUCCCUUCCUUUACCCGGUUGCUCGAGUGUAUUUAGAACAUAGAUAAAGACUUUGUCUCUCAUCAUAGG